AUGUACCCAAGUCAUGGGGAGGGCCAGCGGGGCCCCCAGGGGCCCCUCCCCUCCAGAGGAAUGAUGCAGCAGCAGCAGCAGCAGCAACAGCAGCAGCAGCAGCAGCAGAAGCUUUUUGCUGCCCCUCUUUCGCUGCCUCACAUGCCUGUAGCUAUACAGCAGCAGCAGCAGCAGCAGCAGAAGCUUUUUGCUGCCCCUCUUUCGCUGCCUCACAUGCCUGUAGCUAUUCCUAUAAGGCUGCCUAGCGGGAGAACCCUCUACCAGCAGCAGCAGCAUCCGCUGCAGCAGCAGCAACAGCAGCAGCAACAGCAGCAGCAGCAGCAGCAGCAGCAGCAAGUUGUGUCUGGGAAUUUUCCCGUUUGUGGGUGGGGCCCCAACGGCCAGCCCAUACUAUUAAGGAGGGCGCAUGAGCCUGCAGGCCUCCACCUCCAGCAGCAGCAGCAGCAGCAGCAGCAGCAGCAGCAGCAGCAGCAGCAGCAGCAGCAGCAGCGUUUAAACAGGGCCCCAAAGCCGCUGGGGCCCUCUUCUGUAGAAGCACUUAGCUGCUGGGGGCCCCCCUUCCAUGCUGCAGGGGGCCCCCCGCUGCUGCCGCAUAUGCUGCCGGCCUCAAGGGGGCAGCAGCGCGUGUGCUUGCUGCGACCAGCGCAGCAGAAUUUGUUGCUGCUGCAGCAGCAGCAGCAGCAGAAGCAGCAGCAGCAGCAGCAGCAGCAGGUGCAUGCAGGGAUUAUGCAGCAGCACCAGGCUUAUGUUUACUCCUCCCCCCCAUCCCCAGAUUUGCUGCGGCCAGCGCAGCAGAAUUUGCUGCUGCUGCAGCAGCAGCAGCAGCAGAAGCAGCAGCAGCAGCAGCAGCAGCAGCAGCAGCACCAGCAGGUGCAUGCAGGGAUUAUGCAGCAGCACCAGGCUUAUGUUUACUCCUCCCCCCCAUCCCCAGAGGCCCUUCGGCAGGGUGGAGACAGACUGCAGCAGCAGCAGCAGCAGCAGCAGCAGCAGAUGCUGCAGCAGCAACAGCAGAUGCUACAGCGACACCAACAGACGUUGCAGCAGCAGCACCAGGUGCUGCAGCAGCAGCAAAUGCUGCAAAGGCAUAACGUGCUGCAGCGGCAGCGGAUGCAGCAGCAGCAGCAGCAGCAGCAGCAGCAGCAAGACAGCGGCCGUAUACCCCACGCCGUCGCCAAUAGCUGCAGCAGCAGCAGCAGCAGCAGCAGCAGCAGCAAGACAGCGGCCGUAUACCCCACGCCGUCGCCAAUUGCAGCAGCAGCAGCAGCAGCAGCAGCAGCAAGACAGUGGCCGUAUACCCCACGCCGUCGCCAAUGA